AUGCUGACCAUCAUGGCUCAGAAUAUGAAGAGACAUGGUGCUGAGACUCAGACAAUAUCAAAUGUAUAUGGUAACCGUUUUUCAAAGAGUUGA